UGGGAUAAUGAAUUAGGAAUGUAUUUGUUCAAACUUCUAUUUUAUUGGAUUGUGCUUAUCUAAAAUUAAAAUCUAAUUGCAAUGUCAAGUACGCUUUAUGUCUUUAAGUACCUGAACUCUUUAAAAAAAAUAUACAAAUAAUACUCAAACCAAAAAAGAAAAAGAAAAAAACAUGAUCAGUUUCAAAUGUAUUUGUCUGGUUGUUCUUGCAUCAUGUAUGGCGGCGGUGAACGGCGUCGAACCCAACGCUACGGAGAUUAGAAACAACACGAGGAGCAGCGACAAUAACCUCGAGGUGACGGCGUUAUCUCUGUUACCAACGGCAGAGGUUGUAGGCUUGGAGGUGAAGAAGGUGACUCUCCACUCGGUCGAGUUCCUGGCCAAAGUCUCCGUCCAUAACCCUUUGCUCUUCCCCAUUCCCCUCACCGACAUCGUUUUCAACCUCACCUCCGCCGACAGAGAACUGGUGAGUGGAAACGUAACGGAUGCAGGGAAGUUGAAAGCGAUGGGGGACACGGUCGUGGACGUGACGAUGUCGGUUCCGUACAAGGCGUUGAUCAGUCUGGUUCGAGAUAUUUUCAAGGACUGGGACAUUGACUACGAACUCAAGAUCGGCCUCAUCAUUCGGGUUCCUGUCUUGGGCAAGUUUACCAUUCCCUUGUCUAAGAAGGGCGAGAUCAAGCUCCCUCAUUUUAUUUAAUUUGGUUAAGCAAAAUAAAAAACUUUUAUCAAUAUUCCCUCCGUU